AUGGGGGAUGUCCCGGACCCCUUGCCCCUCGUCACCCCCACCCUCGCCCCCCACCACUGCCCCGCGCUGGCCGCCAUGCCAAUCAUCUCCGCCGCCCUUCCACCCGCCCUAGCUCCCUCCGCCGAUCGCGCCGACCCCGUUCCCGCGCUUCCCCCCACGGUGCCUUCCCGCCUGCAGGCGCGGCUGUCCGCGCUUGGGCACGGCGCAGCCAGCAGUACGUGCCUGGCGGAAAUGCGCGCUCUCUCUCCCCCGCGCGGCUCCUGCUCCGAUGACGCGCUGCUGCGCCACAGCGCGGGUGCAGUGCCGAUUGGCGGAGGGGAUCGGGGAGGAGCGGGGGAGCUGGGGAACGAAGCGGAGGGAGGGGGAGUGGUGAUGGUGGGCAACGGAGUGGUGGUAGAUGUAGAGCGGUUGAAAGCAGCUCAAUACGAUGCAUGGAUGCUGAAGCACCCCUCCGCGCUCGCGAGUUUCGACCGCCUAGCGGCACUAAUGGAGGGGCGGCAGGUCGCGGUGUUCCUCGAUUACGACGGCACGCUGUCCCCGAUAGUGGACGACCCCGAUAAAGCCUAUAUGAGCUCUGCGAUGCGCGCGGCAGUGCGCGGCGUGGCUGCGCACUUCCCCGCGGCUAUCAUUAGCGGGCGCGGGCGCGAGAAAGUGCUAUCAUUUGUUCAGCUGCCCGAACUCUACUACGCGGGCAGCCACGGGAUGGACAUCAUGCUGCCCGCGCGCAAAGGGGAAGAGGCGGACGCGGAGGGGGAAGCUGAAGGGAACGCGGAAGAGAACGGGGUAGGGGGAGGGGGAGAUGGCGGAAAGGGGAAGGGGGGAGGGAGCAAGGGCGUGCACGUGCAAGGCGCGCAGAGUGUGGACGAGAGGGGGCAUCACGUGGUGCUGUUCCAGCCUGCUAGCCGGUUCGCUGGGCUCAUGAGUCAGGUGUGCGAUGAGCUGAGGGAGCGGUUGAAAGGGGUGCAGGGGGCGCACGUGGAGAACAACAAGUUCUGCGUCAGCGUGCAUUUCAGACGCGUGCCUGAGGAGCUGUGGGAGGAGCAGGCGGAGGUGGUGACUCAGUUGGUGGCACAGCACCCCGAGCUGCGCACCAGCCAUGGCAGGAAGGUGUUGGAGAUCCGGCCAGUGGUGGACUGGGACAAGGGCAAGGCCGUCGCCUACCUCCUCACCACCCUCGGGCUGAGUGGCGACGACUCAGUGCUGCCGGUGUACAUUGGAGACGACCGCACCGAUGAAGACGCCUUCAAGAUGCUGCAGGAGCGGGGGUCGGGGUGUGGCAUCAUAGUUUCCGCAGCACCCAAGCCAUCUGCUGCUACCUUCUCGCUCAGAGAUCCCUCCGAGGUGAAGCAGAACAGACCAUGCAGGGAGGGAUGGGAAGUGGUGGGGAGUGGUCAGAGAGGUGGUGGGGAGGGGCAGGGUGGGCUGGGGCGGAGUUGA